UGGGUCCUAUCAUAAGGGCGGUGCUUCAGCGAGCCAGUCACCUUGGCAACCGGACGUGACGAUCCCGGAAGCGGCUGACUGAGCUGUGCCCGGCUGGCGGCUUCGGUGGGCGGGGUCGGCCGAGCCCUUCUGGCACCGUCUUCUCCACGGACCCGGCACUGCUAGGGGCGGUGCCAGUAAGGCCACGCCUUCCGUGUUGACUCCGGAUGGCUCUGGAGCGAUGUCGUAGGCCCGCGGGGACGGAGACUCGGGCCGCUCCUCUCUGAGGCUAGGGCCGGAGCGGCGUCGUCAGGCGCUUUGAUUCUUCCGGUUUCUGGUGGCUGCGUCGCCUCUUUCCAAAGGCUGGGGAUACGCCCUCUCUAGACCCUGCUGUCGCCCUCCUUUCAGCAUCGAACCUGAGUUGCUCCGGGACACCUCCGCCCAACAUUCUCUCGCUCAGGUUCUCGCCCUCUGGAGGACCUCGGCCCCCCAUUGCCCACUUUCCUGGAUGUGCUGGCCCCUCCCACCCCUCUAAAAUGUCCAAUAAUCUACAGAGGGUCUUCCUGAAACCCGCAGAGGAAAAGUCAGGCAACGCCUCGCAGUGGUUAUGUUAGUCAAGAUGAAAUAAAAUGGGAACAAAACUGUUAAAGAAGAUGGAAUAUUUUAAGUUGUAGACUCCAUGGUUAGUGGAUGUAUAAUCAGUGGUGAGAAAAAACUUAAUGGGUCUCUGCGGAAGGAAAAUGUGAAGAAAGCAUGGAAAUUGAGUUGUAAAAUUCAUGGAAGAAGAUUUAUGUUUGAAGAACAUCAGGCUGCCUAAAUUUAAUUCUAGCUUUGACAUUUACUGUUCGUGAGGCCAAGUGCCUUCUCUCCAGUCUCCUUUCCAUGUUUCAGGCUGCAUGUACCAAGUAGUUCAGACGAUUGGCUCGGAUGGAAAAAAUCUUCUGCAAUUACUUCCAAUUCCUAAUUCUUCUGGAAAUCUUAUACCGCUAGUUCAAUCUUCAGUCAUGUCUGAUGCUUUGAAAGGGAAUACAGGAAGCCCAGUUCAAGUUACUUUUCAGACUCAGAUUUCCAGCUCUUCCACAAGUGCAUCAGUUCAAUUGCCCAUUUUUCAGCCAGCCAGUUCUUCAAACUAUUUUCUUACAAGAACAGUAGAUACAGCAGAAAAAGUUAGAGUUACUUCUGUGGGAACUGAACAUUUUACCUCAUCAGUUUCUAAAGUUCAGAGUCAUGGUGUGAAAAUUGAUGGACUCACCAUGCAAACAUUUGCUGUUUCUCCCUCCUCAACACAAAAUGAUUCACCUUAUAUUUUAGUAAAUACUCAGAGUCUUCCAAUGACUGUGAAGUCUCCAGUUUUGCCUUCUGGGCAUCAUUUACAGAUUCCUGCCCAUGCUGAAGUGAAAUCUGUACCAGCGUCUUCAUUGCCUCCUUCAGUUCAGCAAAAGAUACUUGCAACUGCAACCACAAGUACCUCAGGAACAGUUGAGGCCUCCCAAAUACCAACCGUUAUUUACGUAUCUCCUGUAAAUACAGUGAAAAAUGUAGUUACCAAGAACUUUCAAAACAUUUACCCAAAACCUGUUACAGAAAUAGCAAAGCCAGUGAUACUAAAUACCACACAAAUUCCAAUGAAUGUUGCUAAAGAGACACAAUUAAAAGGUGGUCAGCAUUCUCAAGCUGCUCCUGUGAAAUGGAUUUUUCAAGAAAAUCUACAGCCUUGCACUCCAUCUCUUGUUCCUGUUAAGUCUUCAAAUAAUGUGGCUUCAAAGAUUUUAAAAACUUUUGUAGAUAGGAAAAGUUUGGGAGAUAAUACUAUAAAUAUGCCAUCACUGAGUACGGUCAGUCCUAGUGGGACACAAUCCAAAAGUAUGCCUAUUAAAGAUAAUGCCUUGGUUAUGUUUAAUGGGAAAGUCUAUCUAUUGGCUAAAAAGGGGACAGAUGUUUUGCCAUCACAAAUUGACCAACAGAAUUCUGUUUCUCCUGAUAUUCCACCAAGAAAAGAUACAUCACAAAUAGUGAGUUCGAGUCCAGUCACAGAAAUAUCCAGAGAGGUUGUAAAUAUUGUUUUGGCUAAAAGUAAAUCUUACCAGAUGGAGACAAAAUCACUUUCAAAUACUCAUCCUGCUUCCAUGAUCAAUCUAAGGGCAGAGAAGAAUAAAAAAGUGGAGAAACCAUCUCUUUCUACCCCAAACCCACAUAAUAUGAAUCAAUCCAUUAACUACUUAAAACAGAGUAAGACUUUAUUCACAAAGCCAGACUUUCCAGAUGGAUUUAGUGCAGUACAAAAUGCCCCCAGAAAAGGAAAUAUCAUCCAGAGCAUAGAGAAAAUAAGUUCCUCUGUUGAUGCAACAACUUUUACUUCACAACAGUGUGUUUUCAGAGACCAAGAACCAAAGAUCCAGAAUGAGAUGGCAUCAACAUUAGAAAAAGUUACUCAAGAAAGAAAUGACAAGAACCAUUCCCAAGGAGGAAGCAAUAAGGCAUCAUAUCUGAAGAAUGAUGCAGAAUUUAAAAAGAUAUUUGGUCUCACUAAAGAUUUGAGAGUGUGCCUUACUCGGAUUCCUGAUCAUUUGGGCUCUGGAGAAGGUUUUGAUUCCUUUAGCAGUUUGGUGAAGAGUGAUACUUACAAAGAGACUGAGUUGAUAGUGAAGGAAGAAAAGAAAAAACAGGGUUUUGAUAAGAAAAGAAAAGCAAAAACCGUUAAGAAGAUGGAUCACACAAAGAAGAGAAAAACUGAGAGUGUUUAUAACACAGCUAUAAAUGGAGGAACUAAUGUCAACAAUUCCCAACUCGUCAACAGUAUUUUACCAACUUCGGAUGUAUCACGCCAUAACAUUCUCACAAGCCGCAACAAAACCAGAGAAGAAAAGAGAACUGAGGUUGAACGCUAUACCCCUGAGAACCAGGAAAAAGGCACAUUGAGUUCAAAUGCAGCUUUUGAACAAAGUCAUUCUUUUAAUAAAAAUUAUACUGAAGAUAUUUUCCCCAUGACACCACCAGAGUUAGAAGAAACCAUUCGAGAUGAAAAAAUAAGAAGACUUAAGCAGGUGCUGAGAGAGAAAGAAGCAGCUCUUGAAGAAAUGCGUAAGAAGAUGCACCAAAAAUAAUAAAAUGUUGCUAUACUUAAAGACUGCAGUGAAAUAGCUGGUUUUUUUUCAUAAACUUUUGCAUUAAGUUAAUUAUAGAUGCAUUCUGAAAGUGUCUGAAUAUGAAACUUGUUUUUCCAUCAGUUAAUGAUUAAAUUUUAUUUAAGGACUACAAAAAAGGUUGAUUUCACACAUGACUCUUGUGAAUAAUCUACAUGGGGUAUCUAAAUCUUUGUCUAGAUACCUUUUUUUGGAAGGAAAAAUUUUCUAUUUUUCUAUUAUUUUAAUUAGAAUUCCCAAAGUUUGAGUAUUUGUGCAAGGUUUUUUUUUUAUUGUUUGCAUCUUUAGCUGAACCGCUCAGGUGUUAUUCCAACAGUAGAUAAUUAUUGUAUACUACUGAAAUUAUACAAUGCAAGGGAGGAAAUCAGCUCUAAACAGCCUUGCCAAUGGGCUUAUAUAUGUACUCAGUCUGUAUCCAUGAUACCAUUGUUGUAAAUUUUUGUUAUUUCAUGAAAAAAAUGUAUUAUAGCAGUAUUAUUUAAAAAUUCAAACAUUUCUCAGAGUGAGGGACACUUGUGGCUUUUACAAAGUAAUUUUAUAUAAUCCCAAAUGGGUUUUAGAAUCCAGGCUAUAUAAUGUAUUGGUUGCUUAAAGUGAUAAGUUGUUAUUCCUAGGUAAAUACUUUUUCUUCUUGAUCCUCCCCCUCCUCCUCUUUUUCUUAUGCUCCUUCUUUUUUGGAAUAUGUACAUAUGUAACUGUGAAAAAUAAUGGCCACAUUUAAUACGUUUUAAAAUUGUAAAGUAUACCUUUUCUUAGUGGAGGCAAACAUUUUUCUGUCUAAUUAUGCUUGAUUCAGAAAGUUCAGAAGUUGUGUGGGGAUAGGGAUUCAUGGGAAGAAGAAAAAGUUUACCAAAAAAAGAAAAAAAGAAAGAAAAAGACAAAUCUCUGGAAGUAAGGUCACAUAAAACCUAUACACAUUGAGAGGGAGUAUAGAGCAAAUGCAAACUGAUCAACUAAAUUCUCGUGCCUUUUAUUUUUUUUCUUGUAAUAACAGUUUUAUUGAGAUAAUUCACUUACCAUAAAUUCACCCUUUAAAAGUAUACAAUUCAGUGGUUUUUAUUCACAGGAUUGUGCAACCAUUAACAUGACCUAAUUUUAGGACAUUUUCAUCACUUCCCAAAGAACCUCAUACCCAUUAGUAGUCACUCCCCAGACCCUCCACCCCCCAGCCCUAGGCAACCAUUAAUAUAGUUUAUGUCUCUAGGGACUUGUGGAAAUUCAAAGCAGGGCACGUGGGUGGCUCAGUCGUUAAGCGUCUGCCUUCAGCUCAGGUCAUGAUCCCAGGGUCCUGGGAUCGAGCCCUGCAUCGGGCUCCCUGCUUGGUGGGAAGCCUGCUUCUCCCUCUCCCACUCCCCCUGCUUGUGUUCCCUCUCUUGCUAUGUCUCUCUCUGUCAAAUAAAAUGUUUAAAAAAAAAUUCACAAGCAUGGUAGGAAUUAUUCAGUGUGUUUUCUUAUGUGAUUGGCUUCUUUCACUUAGUUUAAUGUUUUCAAGGCUUAUCGGUUCUGUAGCAUGUAUUAGUACUUCUUUUUUUAAAUUGCUGAAUAAUAUUCCAUUGUAUGAAUAUACCACACUUUGUUUUCCAUUCAUCUGUUACGGACAUUUGGGUUGUUUACACUUGGCUUCUAGGAUAUUAUGUUGCUAUGAAUGUUUGGGUAUAAGUUUUUAUGUGGACAUAUUAGUGUAUUCUUAGGAGUGUAAUUGUUGGGUCAUAUCCUAACUCUGUUUAACAUUUUGUGGAACUGCCAAACUAUAUAUAGGUGUUUCUUACCCUCCUCCACCAAAAUGGAUCUUGUCAAGGACACCAGUGACUUCCAUGUUGCUAGAUCUAGCAGUUGUCUUAAUUUAUCUAUCAAGGGAAAUACAAGUUCAUGAAUCAUUGCCUCCUUUGAAAAAUUUUAAAACAUUUUAUUAAAGAAGCAGUACAUGUGCAUUGUAGAAAAUUUAAAAAUACAGCAAGCUACAGUAUUAAAAAUUGAAGCUUCAUAUUCUCAUCACACUAUAAAAUAUUGAUGUUGGGGCUUGGAGAUACAUAAUUACCUCUUUCAUUAGGUUUAUUUGCAGGUAUCUUAUGGUUUUCAGUGCAGUUGAAAAUGGGGUUGAUUCCUUAAUUUUUCUAUUCCUUCAUUAUUGGUGUAUAGAAAUGUAGCACAUUUCUGUAUGUUGAUUUUGUAUUCUGUGACUUUACAGAAUUUGUCUAUCAGUUCUAGCAGUUUUCUGGUGGAGUCUUUGGGGUUUUCUAUAUGGAGUAUGAAGUUAUCUGCAAAUAGUGAAGGUUUGACUUCUUCCUUGACAAUUUGGAUGCCUUUUAUUUCAUUUUGUUGUCUGAUUGCUGUGGCUAAGACUUCCAGUACUAUGUUAAAUAACUGGUGAGAGUGGACAUCCCUGUCUUGUUCCUGACCAUAGAGGAGAAGCUCAGGUUUUCCCCAUUGAGGAGGAUAUUAGCUGUGGGUUUUUUGUAAAUGGCCUUUAUUAUGUUGAGGUAUGUUCUCUCUAAACCUACUUUAUUGAGGGCUUUUAUCCUUUCUUUUAUUAAUGUGGUGUAUCACAUUGAUUUGUGAAUAUUGAACCACCCUUGCAAACCAGGAAUAAAUCCCACUUUAUCACAGAGAAUGAUUCUUUGAAUGUACUGUUGGAUUCUGUUUGCUAGUAUUUUAUUGAGAAUUUUUACAUCCAUAUUCAUCAAGGAUAUUGGCCUAUACUUUUUUUGUGUGUGUGUCAUUUAUUUAUCUGGUUUUGGUUUCAGGGUAAUGCUGGCCUCAUAAAAUGAAUUUGGACUUUUUCCUUUUUUUAUUUUUUUGGAAUAGUUUGAGAAGAAUAGGUAUUAACUCUUCUUUAAAUGUUUGGUAGGGAUCUCCUUUGAAGCCAUCUGGCCCUGGACUUGUAUUUGUUGGGAGAUUUUUGAUUAUUGAUUCAAUUUCUUUGCUGGUUAUAGGUCUGUUAAAGUUUUCUGUUUCUUCCCAUUUCAGUUUUGGUAGUUUAUAUGUUUCUAGGAAUUUGUCCAUUUCUACCAGGUUGUCCAAUUUAUUGGCAUAUAGUUUUUCAUAAUAUGCUCUUAUAAUUUUUUUGUAUUUCUGUUGUGUUGGUUGUUAUGUCUCUUCUCUCACUUGUGGUUUUAUUUAUUUGAGUCCUUUCUGUCUUCUUUUUGAUAAGUCUAGCUAGAGGUUUAUCAGUUGUUUUUUUUUAAAGAACCAUCUCCUGGUUUCACUGCUGUGCUGUUUUUGUUUUUGUGGUCUUUUUGUUUUUUCUAUAUCAUUUAUUUCUGCUCUAUUAUUUCCUUCUGGCUUUAGGCUUCAUUUGUUCUUUUUCUAGCUUCUUUAGGUUGGAGAUACAUAAUUAAAGGCUGUUAGUAAAUAGAUAAUUUGAAGUCAUAGGUCUGAAUAACAUCACUUAACACAUCGAAUAAUAUCACUUAAGAUGGUAUAAACAGAGGGUAAAAUUGUGGGCUCAUGUCUGAGUACAUUUAAAGGUUGGGAAAAGGACAAUCAUGAAUUUUGAGGAUUGGAAGAAGUGAAUAUUAAAUGAAUUGUAUUUAUAAAUUCUUGAAUAGUGUCUGACACACAGUGUUCAUUAAAUAAAAUAAAUUCAACUAAAAUCACCCUGA